UGGAUGACUUGCUGGCCAAGCACAGCCCCAGAAAAGCCCUGCGUGUAGCCAUGAUCGCCAAGCAGCAGCAGCUUCCAUGGUUGGAGGAUGUGCCACAGGAAGGUGUGUGGGUAGAGGUGGCACCAGUCUUGAGCAGACCAUGUGGUGAGGGACAAUCGUGGAAGGACUAUCCUCAUUUGGAUUGCCGACGCGAAUUUGGCCCCCUCAUUCGUCAUCGAGCGGAACUUUUUCACCAGUGUCUCGUGCGGCAGGCGCUUGAAUCACCUGUUUGUCAGCUCUGUGGCACCGGCGCCUACCUGGCCGACGACUUGGCUGGACCUAAGCACUGGACGAGACUGUGGACCAGGAUUCAGGCUUCGCCGUCGAUGGUGCAGCUGAUUGCACAGUCCUGGAACGAGCAUCGAAUGCCGGGAGGAAAGAUUCGGAUGAACGAGUUGGACGGUCGGAUCCACAUCUUCAAGGAGCCGUCAAAAUGUUCCGUGCCGUGUCCUUCCCUUGGCGUGCCCCUUACUUCAGUGAUGCCGACUGCGAACAGCUUCACAGCACCUGCGCCCGAUUUCCGCGAUGAUUCCGAAUCCGAGUGGUCGGACUGCUCUUUGCGCGUCAUCGUGGGACAUGAGAUGAUGAUGGAGCCAUAUCCCAUCGCAAGCUGCUGCUCCUCCUCCGCUGUUCGCUUGGAGCGAGUCCAAACCUGGCUCAGGUCUCAAGCCUCGUUGCACCACGGGGACAUUGUGGAGGUUUGAGACGGGUUUUGUACCGCCAGUGACCGCCAGUGGAAUGUGGAA